UAUCGAUAUUCGUAGGUGUGUCUCAGUGCGCGUGCAUGUGUCAACAGUGGAGUUUCCUUGUUUAUUCGUAAUUUCUGUAAGAACUGCAAGAUAAACAAGACUGUUCUAAUACGAUUUAGAUAAUCAUAAAAGCCAUCUAAGAGUCUAUUUGCCUCAGGAACUACGGUACACCGAUCCAGACCCCAAGAUGUCAUACUCAGCGGAGCGAGCAUUGUCCUUUCUGUAUCCUCUGGCGAUCGUGGCCUCGGUGAUCUGCUGCAUCACGUCGGCGGUGGCCUGGUCGCAUUGGCAGUACGUCCUAAAUGCCUGUCCGGACACCAACUGCGGAUGUGUGCUCCACGCCAGGAGCACCUAUAAUAACUUCGAGGGCGGAAAUAUCGCCUAUUGCCAUUAUGCCACCUAUGGACUCCUGUUGCCCCUGCUUUUCGCCGUCGUGCUGGGCGUCUAUCAUGGUUAUCGGAUGUGCAUCGGGCGUGGCAAACCCAAGGCGGGCACAGCCACCAUCCGGCAGCGUUCUGGAGACAUGAUUGUGGUAACCACUGAGUCUGAACUAACUCCCGACGGCCUCUCACCUUACUAUUGGCUCCCUGCCACUCUCAUCUCGGUUAUCAUGUUCAUCUACCAGCUGAUCUACUCUGCCAUAUUUACGGACGGAUUUGAGGUGACCUGCAAACAGUACAGGGAGUCGCUUUUGAAGGAAAUCCAGGGCGUGGGAAAUAUAGUGCCCGUGAUCAAGGGACGACUGUCGUGCGCUGCUAUCUUUGACUUUAUGGACUAUUUGGUGGAGAGUGUAUCCUAUGAAAGAAGGCGCUAUGGACGCAUUAACACCGCGAUAUGUCUAUAUUUCACUCUGAUUUUCACCUGGGUAGCUCUGUUUGCCUGGUUUGCCAUCGGUGUGAUCAAUAUCGUCCACCUUCGACGCACAAAAGCCGCUAGAGUUUAAAUAUACCGGGCAGUGGAUUAAGAGGAGCUGGAAAAUCCUGCCAACACUCGAUUGGAAUUAAAGAAACAAUGAAAAAUUCACCACGCACAUUCGCCUUAUAUUUAGUCGUAGCCUUACGAAGCGCCACUUAUUUAUUAGUAGACACACACGUCCACGGUUCAAAUCAAAACACAUUGUACAAAGAAAUGUAUGAACAACGAGCGAUAAAUUAAAUCACGAUAUAAUUUUUAA